AGGGAAAUCUGCUAGCGUUUCGUCUAAUAAGAGAACAAACUGCAUAGUUUAGCACACAAUUUAUUGUGAAUUAAUGCUUUAAGCUACUCUCGCCCUUUAAGCUGCACAUCAUUAAACACCGACCACGUACGACCCGUGGAAAUCCAUCCAUCCAAUAUCACUCCGUCGGGAACGAUUUUGCUUGUGUGCCGAGCAAAAGCCGAACGCAAACCCGACGGCUAGCCCUGCCAGCCGAAGCUUGCCGAGACGUGAAGGUUUCACUGACUGCGUAACACCGUCAGGACCGUGCCUGCAGCGUGAACCUAGUAGACCGUCAUCAUAACGCCGGGUCGGAAAAAUUCCAUCAGUCUCAGUGUGCGGUCGUGCACGGUAAAAGGACGUCCAGUCGAUCCAGUGCUCAGUGCCUGUCGCAAAUGUCGCAUUGAUGAAAAGCAGGGAAAAUGUAACUGCGCACGUGUGUCGGUGUGUGUAUUUGCAAGUCGCAAAUCAAAUGUUGCCAAAUGUCGGUAACUGCGGUAGGUGAAAGUAUAGGAAGUUCAACGCUUUAAGGGGAUAAACAUACAAGCAAAAGGCGUGUGCGUGUGUGUGCGAUUACCGGACGCCAGGAAAAGUGCACCCCUUCGCAAGGGCGUCAACGUGGGACGCCUUAGAUCAAAGGCACGCUACGCUGCUGGCAUGUAGGUCGCUGUGUGCUGGGUGCGUGAACUUUUCACAUCCCAAUGGAUAAUCUGUGAUACCACGAAUUGUGCGUGAGUGUGUGUGUGUGUUUUGCUGCUAGGGUGUACUACGACAUCUGAUGCCGUUGAUGUUUGGCUACAUUCCGUGAAAAGUUCAGUGAAGGUGAAAAAUUCGGAAGAAAAAAUUCACACGGCCUGGAGAUAAGCCCUUUCAGUCGUGAAAAUAAUGUGUGCAGCCCAGAGCCGUCUGGCGGUUCUUCCUUGUUGGUAAAUUUUCGCUUUUGGCACCGUGCCAUAUGACCAGAAUGCUUGGCGGUGGUGUGUGAGUGCUCUCGGUACCUUCUAGCCCGUGUGCCCGUGGCAGAGAGCUGCUAAUCGAUAUUCAACCGAGUUCCGGUGGCGGCGAGAGCAAGACAGAGGACGCACGUUGUCCCCAGCCAGUGCCGAGCGCCGAGCCUGUGGAGCUUCUUGUGCUCUGACCAAAUUUUGAGCAGGAUAUCUGGCAGGAGGAGACGCAGCUUAGUGCACAGUGGAUGUGCUUCCGCUAUUUGCUGUACGCGUGAGCUGGCAGACACUUUACGCUUCUCGAUUAUCAUAACUUUCAAAUGCCGCAACCUAGAGCUCUAUACUGAUGCAUCGUUAGGUCUGGAGAAUAAAAAAAGAGACCACACACGGAAGCAACAACAUCAUUAUUUAUAACUGCCACAACAAAAGACAUUGUAUUGAUUCAACAGGAUACGCAGGAGAUCCUUCCGUUCGAUAGGACCUGAGCGCGGAUAAUCAAGGAUACCCUCCAAAAUCCAACGUUCAACAUUACCGUCGAACGGCAGCAGUGGACAGGAUUACACGUCUUGCUGUAAUGAUGAUGAUGAUGAUGGCUGAUGUUUGUCCUUGCUUUACCACUAACUUGUGAAACUUCCAGACGACGGCUGGGCCUGAUGGCGUCACAGAAAAGCUCCACCACACCGGCACUGGCGGUAACGAACCGUAUCCUGCGCUCACCGUCACACGAAAGUUUCUCCACAGAUCUGUCGCUAAUAUCGAUUUCCGUGUCGUCAAUGAAUUCGGAAGCGACCAGCGUACUGAACCGGUCCAGCUGCAGCCUGCUGAAUCGGACGAUGGAGGAGAAACUGGGCAGUCUGUUGAAUCCGAAGGAUAGCAAAAGAAACCGCUCAUCGACGCUGACCGAACGUUGGAACGAGAGUAACGAUCUGAUACGGAACUGUGCCACACUGUCGGCGGCGCUGGGCAUACACAAAAGCUUCAGCACUACCGACAUCUAUCAGCUGCCCUCCGACCAGCACAAUCUGGGCCGGCUUUCGACGUCCGAGCUGGCGCUUACCCCGUUCCAGAAGGUGGGCUAUCUGUUUGACCAUUCCCGGCUGGAGCAUGCGUCCCGCUCCUACUCGACCUGGGUGGCGGUGGGUGAGCUGGCAUCCACCUCUCAGCUACCGUCACCGCACGGCGGUCAAUCGGCACAGGUUCCGACGCUGACCAGCACCAACCCCACGCCGAGCUUCACCGUGACCGAUCUGAUCAGCUCGGUGAACAAGAAAAUACGGCAGAACUACAUCCGACGGCGACUGUUCACCACGUACCGUGCGCUGGAACGGCUAUCGCAGAGCGAGUUCAAUCUGGACCGGCUGGAAGCGGCCGCCUUUGCCGCCACCAAUCCAGGGCCGACCGAGCUGAUCGUACCGUCCACGAGCAUGUCGAACGCAUCGGCUUCACCGGUCGGUGGGAAGUCUACGAGCUCGCCGGCACCGCCGGCCGGUGAGGUGGGUGGUACCAUGGUGCCGGACCAUGGUUCUGGAGCGUUGGCGUUGAAAAAGUCUAGCAGCACCAGUGCUGGCAGCAGCACUUCCCGUACCCAUCACGGGCCGAAGAAACAUCUCACCUUUCACGACAUUGAGAACGAGCGUGGCAAACCGUUGUCCAAGUACGAGCGGCACAUGCUCAUCUUUAACUGGCUGCACACGAUCGACGAUACGGCGCUGGAGAUCGAAAACUGAUCUCCGCAGGACGAUCCGCGCUCCGACAUAGGGGCUAUCCCGCCAGCCACCAAUGAACUGAAAGCGUUGAGCCCACACACAAACCGGAAGUGAGAUGGUGCACAAAGAAACUUUAUUUACAAAACGUACAUUCGCACUCAAACGCAAGCCAGGGCCCGAUUGUGUCGUCCUGCUAUUAUGGUCCUACCCCUUCCCCCCAAAGUCACAAAGUGCAUUUGUUCGAGUAGGUGUUACUAAAUGCUGCUGCGUGGUAAGCUAUAUAAGUUCUAGUUAGUCGCACUUCUGUCGCGUUGCACCCCCAAAGAAGCCACCAUCGUGCAAUCAAUGGAAUACCUCCGGUAUAGAUAUAGUCAAACUAUUUUCGAUUAUAUGUGAUGUCUGCUAUCGCGCACACAACUUCAUUAUUUCGAUGCAAUUUCUUUACCGUGCCGAUUGUCUGCGAUCGGUUCCAACACAGCCAUGUCAGUUAAGUGUAUAAAACCGUCAACCGUCAUUUAGAAUUCAAAAUACCAGAAUAGAGGAAAUGUAUAGACUGCUUCACCUAUUAGCGCGAAAUAGUGCUAAUUGCUGUAUGGCCAUGGCAUAGGACUGAUUAUCCGGGUCCGACUAACACGCGAUGCAAGAGAGAUGAUGUCAAGAGAUUGAUCAAACGGUUGUAAAAAGCCAAAUCAGCGUGAACGAGGAGCAGUGCAUACUAGGAUAGCAAACUUGCCAAUUAACUAAUCUUACAGCGUUCAAACCCUCGAUAUUCCCGCCACGAGUGUGACCACUGCAACAAUCCGUCUGUGAAGAUCAGAUGGAUCCGAAAGUCUUCAUGCGUAGAGGGGGGGUGUAAGGCUUUGUACAGACGAUAGGCUACCGUUUCCGGUUUGAGUUAGUAUUGUUAGGUGUUUCUCAAAAAGGCCCCGAUUUUUCAAUUAGAAAACUAGUUGUGGCGAUUUAAUUUGUACGACUACAAUUCUUUGGGUUGUACUGCGAAUAAUCUUCGGUGAACUUCAGGAAGGCAGCAUCGUUCUGGAGCCGCGGCCCCAGUCUUCACACGGCAGGACCGGAGUUCAAAUCCCAUACAGAUCGCUUCCCCGUACACAGAACUGACUGAGAGUAAAAUUAAAUCACAGAAAGCCAGAAAUGGCUGACCGAGAACUCUCGAGGUCGUAGUGAAUCACAUAUACGAUGUCGGAUUAGCGUUUUACGCUGUCCACGUGUAGUGUUACAAUGCUGAAUGCUGGUCUGAGAAACUCUGUAAGUCUACCAAUCCAACGGUUAACAUUCAUAGUCCUUUUAAGUACUACCCAUCGGAGGUGCUUGUCGUCUGUACAAUGCGCUCACCCUUUAAAUCUCUAACCAUUACUCCAAAAAAAAAAAGAAGAUUACAAUUAUAGUUACAGUAACAGUUAAGACUAAGCUAGAAUCGAGAAAACCCAGCCAAAAAAGCCCAAACCGGUACAAGCGCAGGCGAUGAACCAAGUAGUGGCUUCUUGCUGGCAAAAUGAACCCGGUACAUAUAUACCCGCUAGCCACAUGCAACAAAAGCCACACUUUUUUAAUCUUCCCUCAUACGUACAUUGAAUAUAAACUGCAUAUUGCGCCUGGCUAGCCGUACCGUACCCACUGUUGAAAGGUUUAUUACGAGGCCGGCCGGAAGAAGAAGUGCCCGAUCGAGAUUAUAUUUUCCGCUCGUUGUUGUUAUGUGAAUGUUUCUACUACUUGUUGUAAAAGUGGCGAGAAGAAUCGGGCCAAACCGUGUGUAACUGGCUUUGCGAAGCCACUACCGAGCCCCAAACAGCAGCAGCAGCAGCAGCAGCAGGUGUAAAAUGGUUUUGCGACCGUUGUUUUCUUGCCUAUCGUUUUCAAUUCGAGACAAUUUUUGAUACUUCUUUAUAGAGAUGAAAUCGUUUAGAUAGUGCAGAUUUUUCACAUUGAUAGAUAACCGGAUACACGCUACGGUGGCUUGUUGCGGGAGCGUUUCUUUUCUGUGGGAUGUACUGCCUGCGUGCGAUAUGAUGUUAUUAAGUGCUUUUUGCUUCAUGCAUGGCAUAUUUUAAUGUAAACCGAACCGAAUAAAACAAACUGAAUAUUAAGAACCGGGCCAGCUAUAUGGUACGCUCGAUUAGAAGAAUUUACAGAGCGAGAGAGAGAGAGAGAGGCUAGCAAAACGGGGAUUACAGAGGAUACAGAAGGGUGUUUGAGAGUUCGGUUUUGGCUCGGUAUGUGUGGUGUUGUUUCCCCGAAGAGAGAUCUAAUCUAAAUGUCGUAUUACGCUGGAAACCAUUUUGACCAUGGCUACUCCAUAUAACAAUAUUCUUAUACCAACUACCAAAUCGUACUUGUACAUAGAAUAUACUUAAAAAAUAGUGGGAUAAACACAAACCAAAAACAAAAUCUAACAAUAAAUUCUUACAACAGUACUCGCGUA